GAGCACGAGCCACGGGCGCUGCUCGCUCAGUUCUGAACGUGCAGCGCGUUCCAGAAACGAAGGCUCCCAGACCCCAGUACGAGGCCGUUUCUGUGCUCACCGGUUCCGCCUUUUCUGCGAAGUCUCACCCCGUCUCCAGCCACCCACGGCCUUCCCCUUCCUCCUGAGACACCUCGUUCCUUGGCCACUGCAACACUGGAACCAUGGAGUCUACUGUGGGUGCAAAGGAGUCAGCUGGAAGGGACAUGUCGAGGAAUUCCAGCGUCUCCAGGACGAGAAGUGCUUCAUGGUGCUGCUCCUCUCGUGCUGCGCUGCGUUUGCCGUGCUUGCGUUGCUGUUGGGCGUGUUCGUGGCCACCAACAUCUUCAUUGAUGGAGAGGAUGGCCAUGAGAAGCAUGACAAUACCACUUGGAGGUACGGGAAAGGCGGCGGCGGUGGCGGUACUAUAACAGCCACCACAGUGCCGCCGCCGACGACGACGAAGGCGCCACCUACCACGACCAAGCCGCCACCGACGACUCUGCCUGCCGGGGUGACCACGUCGGAACGUCCGGGACUGCGUCGCUACAUAACCGUGUGCACGGUGAGCUACUUGGACGUCGGCCUGUCGUUUCCUUUGGACGGCCAGUGCGACAUCAUCUUCUACGACUCGUUGCUACUGCGACCGGAGGACACCUUCAUGGGCACGUUCACCAAUGCUUACCUGAAGCCGAUCUUCGACGCAGCCAAGGAAACCAAUAUCGCCCACAACACCGAAUUCGGGAUGUCCGUGCACGCACCCGCAAUCAACGACUUCUCCGCCGAGGUCAAAUCAGAUGCCGGGAAGAAGCACUACAAGGAUCACUGGCAGCACAAGAUCUACCACUGGGGGGUCCUCAACAUCCACCAUCUUAUUGUGAAAAGCAACCCAGAUAUCUUGAAAACGGCGCUCACCGUACUCAAGGAGCUGAAGGACAUUGCUACAGCAGCGGGCAAGAACGCCUCGAUGGUUGUCGGAGUGUCCUGCAAGGCCCCCGCUGGCUGUGUUAAAGUGGCCGAAUAUUUCAAGACUGUGUACCUACCGGACGGCAUCGUGAUCUUGAGCCACAUAUCUUUCACCGACAACAACAUCACGGGCUGCACCAUCCUGCCGCCUAGCGUCAUUGAAGAAAAGCGACACCCUCUUCCCGAAUUGAAAACCUUGUCCUACUUGUAUUCGAUGAAUGACGCCGUGAACACGAUUAAGCACCUGCAACGGAACGAGGGCCUCGACACCAUGUACGCGGUGUCGGUGACGAUGGCAGGCCGUUGGUACAAGCCAAGUUUUCCGGGAAACUACCGCGUUGGGGAACCGUGCAAAUUAGGGGACUACCCCCAGGUAGCGCACGUACAAGCGGUGUGCGAAAACACAAGUUUUAAUUACAGAAAUACCUUCGAGUACAGCGAUCGUUAUAACUGCGGGUACGCCUAUGACAUGAAUCACGGAUUCACGGUAUCCUUCGAGACAGUGAAAUCAUUCAUGAUAAAGUUCUGGUACCUUUACGAGAACACGGACCUGCUGGUCGGGCUCGCCGCCUACGACGUUAACUAUGACGCCGCGCCCAUGUACUGCACGUUAUUCAAGUGGUCUCCCUGGUCGCGGCUGCUUAUUAUGGUCUACAGUCGCAAGUCUCUCAACGUUACUCGCUCCACUCGAGAACCGAAGACGUGGCCGUUUGCAGCCGUGCCGCGUCUCCCAGACUCCGUUCAACUUAUUAAUAAAACAAUUCCUGCCUGAA